AUGGCGACCGAUGCACCAGCCCAGGAGGGUCACCUCCAGAAGAGGUUCUCAAAGAUCACUAUGAUCGGCAUGGCCUUUGCCAUUCUCAAUACAUGGAUUUCUCUUGCUGGAUCAAUAGGUCUUGUAAUGCCAUCAGGCGGCUCUAGCUUCCUUGUCGGAUGGACAAAUAUUGCUGGCUGGUUGACUCUCAACACAACUGCAGCCUACUUCGGAGCACGAUUUCUCGCUGCGGCUGCUGUCGUCGGCUCUGGCGGUAGCUACGAAAUUACCCAAUGGAGCACGUAUUUGAUGUUCGUCGCUGUGUCUAUCGUUGGUGUGUUUCUGAAUAUCUUUGGCUAUCCCAUCCUGAACCGAUGGAACGAAGGCGCUUUGUACUGGUCUUUGCUCAGCGUCGUCGUCAUCAGUAUUGUUCUUCUAGCGACCUCUCCAAAGACUGACGCAGAGUUCGUCUUCACCAACUUCUCCAAUACCACUGGAUGGAGUGAUGGCACAGCUUGGAUGCUUGGACUGUUGCAGUCAGCUCUGAGCUUCAUUGGUUGGGAUGCCGUGGCACAUAUGACUGAAGAAAUGCCUCGACCAUCCAAGGAUGCCCCCCAAGCCAUGGUUGCGGCAGUCUUGGUCGGAGGCGUGACCGGAAUAUUCUUCAUCAUCGUCAUGCUAUUUUGCUUCGUCGACCUUGAUCUGCUACUCGCAUCGCCUACACAAAGCCCUCUUACAGAGAUGAUACUGCAAGCGACCAACAGCCGAGCUGCUGCAACCGUACUCACUGUUGCCGUUGCACUGUGUUUUGUCAACGGUGCCAAUGGUUGUGUUACCUCCGGCAGUCGUCUCAUCUGGGCCAUGGCACGAGAUGGUGGUACUCCUUUUUCCAGAUAUCUUUCACAUCUCCAUCCCAAGCUCAACGUUCCCGUUCGAGCCAUUGUCGUGCAGGCUAUAUUCAACCUUCUCUUCGGUCUUCUUUACCUUGGCCCCGAGGUUGCUUUUAAUGCUUAUAUUGCAAGCUGUACACUUUUCCUCAAUCUCUCAUAUGCAGCGCCUGUGCUUAUCCUACUGAUUCGAGGUCGACAAAUGGUGCUUUCGCAGCCUCCCGAGUUUUCUCUUGGUCGUGUCAAAGGCUACAUCGCGAACUACACAGCCGUUAUAUUUGUAGCUGUGACCUCUGUUUAUUGGGAAUCUUCAUCGUAUUUGUAA